AUGAAGCGGCCGUGCGGCGGAAGAUGCUUCACAGGGCACCAAAGGCGCUUAGAGCCAUUCCCCAGAACUAGGCCCAUAAGGGCACAAGACGCGGCUCGACCCGGAGGGGGCCCCUCCCCGUAUUGUCCUCUACCGCUCGGCGGGCGGGCAGUGGCGGCACGCCGGAGGCGCCCCGGGGCGUCAGUGAGCGCGCGUCGGCCCAAGCGCCCCGGCCGCCUUCGCUGCGCUCCUCUCCCGGUGACGCCUCGGCUAUCCCGGCAACCGGCGCUUACACACUGUCCCUUGCGCUCCCGCGCCCAGUCUCGAAGAUGGCGGCUCUUCAAACAGGUAAAGUUGCGGCGAGAAGAGAAGGCAGCGCUGGAUAAGCGGCGGACGGAAAGCGGAGGCAGUGCCGCGUUUCUCUGUUGGACCCUCGCCCCGCCUUCGGCCCCGGAACUGGCAUCUGCGGCGCGGCCCCGUGCACCGGCGCGGCCCUGGGGCUGUGGCCUCGCCGCGCCUUGGGAUGCUCGCCCUUCUUGGUUCUGCAUCCGCUUCCCUGAUGGCGCGGAUGAGGCCAAGCCGCGCGUGGAGAGACUGAGAAAGGGCAGGAGGACGCCGCCGCGCCCUGUGGGGCUGGUGCGCGUUGCCUUAGGCGCGGUGAAGACUGGGGAGUGGCUCGAUUUUUUUUUUUUUUUUUUUUUUUUUCCCCGGGGGGGCCCCCGCCGCCACAGGCCCGGGAGGGACGGUUUAGGAGGGGAAAGGGUGGGGAAGGCAAAGGGCUGUGUUUGCUACUUUUCCACCAGUACUUGUCGUCACACCAGAUUUUACACGGAUCCAGUGGAAGCUGUAAAAGACAUCCCUGAUGGUGCGACAUUGCUGGUUGGUGGUUUUGGGUUAUGUGGAAUUCCAGAGAAUCUUAUAGGAGCUUUAUUGAAGACUGGUGUAAAAGGACUUACUGCAGUCAGCAACAAUGCAGGGGUUGACAACUUUGGCUUGGGCCUUUUACUUCGAUCCAAACAGAUAAAACGCAUGGUCUCUUCGUAUGUGGGAGAAAAUGCAGAAUUUGAACGACAGUUCUUAUCUGGUGAACUAGAAGUAGAGCUGACACCUCAGGGCACACUUGCAGAGAGGAUUCGUGCAGGUGGGGCUGGAGUUCCUGCAUUUUAUACCAGCACAGGGUAUGGGACCCUGGUCCAAGAAGGAGGAUCACCCAUCAAGUACAACAAAGAUGGCAGCAUUGCCAUUGCCAGUAAGCCAAGAGAGGUGAGGGAAUUUAAUGGUCAGCACUUUAUUUUGGAGGAAGCCAUCACAGGAGAUUUUGCUUUGGUGAAAGCCUGGAAAGCAGAUCGAGCAGGAAAUGUGAUUUUCAGGAAAAGUGCAAGGAAUUUCAACUUGCCGAUGUGCAAAGCUGCAGAAACCACAGUUGUAGAGGUUGAAGAAAUUGUGGAUAUUGGAUCAUUUGCUGCUGAAGAUAUACAUAUUCCUAAAAUUUAUGUGCAUCGCCUUAUAAAAGGAGAAAAUUAUGAAAAGAGAAUUGAACGCUUAUCAGUCCGAAAAGAGGAAGAUGGAGAAGCCAAAUCUGGUAAACGUGGAGAUGAUGUGAGGGAACGUAUCAUCAAACGGGCAGCUCUGGAAUUCGAGGAUGGCAUGUAUGCUAAUUUGGGCAUAGGAAUCCCACUUCUGGCCAGCAACUUUAUCAGCCCAAAUAUGACCGUUCAUCUUCAAAGUGAAAAUGGUGUCCUGGGUUUGGGUCCAUAUCCAUUACAACACGAAGUAGAUGCAGAUCUAAUCAAUGCAGGCAAGGAAACAGUUACUGUUCUUCCAGGAGCCUCUUUUUUCUCCAGCGAUGAAUCAUUCGCCAUGAUUAGAGGGGGACAUGUCAAUCUGACAAUGCUAGGAGCAAUGCAGGUUUCCAAAUAUGGUGACCUGGCUAACUGGAUGAUACCUGGGAAGAUGGUGAAAGGAAUGGGUGGUGCUAUGGAUUUAGUGUCCAGUGCCAAAACCAAAGUGGUGGUCACCAUGGAGCAUUCUGCAAAGGGAAAUGCACAUAAAAUCAUGGAGAAAUGUACAUUACCACUGACUGGAAAACAGUGUGUCAACCGUAUUAUUACAGAAAAGGCUGUGUUUGAUGUGGACAAAAAGAAGGGGCUGACCCUGAUUGAACUCUGGGAAGGCCUGACAGUAGAAGAAAUACAGAAGAGCACUGGGUGUGAUUUUGCAGUUUCACCAAAACUCAUGCCAAUGCAACAGAUCACAACUUGAAAUGUGGAGUAGAUGUUUGUUCUUGGCUGACAGAUUUUCAUUUUAAACACAUAAGAUAUAAUUGAAAGGAUUUCAGUAAUGGCAAUUUAUAUAUUUAACAGGCAGUUUUGACAGCCAUAUAGACUUUGUUCUUUCCAGUGUGCAUUGACAGUUUAAUGAAAAACAAAAGGAAAACAUUUUAUGAUUACCUUAUUUGUUUCAUAAGUGCUGAGAAAGUUGUUUUUACCAUUGGUGCUGACAUUGGGUGUAUCUUCAUCAUCUAGGCCAUGCAUAUGAAAAUCAUGUGUACUAUUCACCAAAAUGAACCUGAAUGAGUUUCAUUCCUAUGAUUUCCCUCAUAACCAAACUAUGACUUAGUGGUCCUGAAUUUAUGUGAAUUUAUGAUUGUUUUUCUUUCACCCUUCUCUGACUUUUUGUGGGGCCUCCAAUUUUAUGAUUACAUCUUGCCUCCCUAGAGCAUCUCACCUUCCUCCCAUACUUCUUGUACCCAAAAAGGCA